UACUUUUUCAGUUGAUUUUUUUUCCCAAAUAUUUUCAAAGUGUUAAAAGUGUAUUACAAAAGCAAAACGAAACUAUAUCAAACAAAAAAAUACAAGCUCAAGCAAAAAUUUGAACGAAAAAAUAACAAAAAGCUCAUAUCAAUUAUUGCUUCCGACACUGACCCCGCCACAAGUACAAACACAAAAGUUUGGCAAAAGUGUGACGAAAGUCGGAGUUACCAAAGGUUUAACAGUUACGCUCCAUUAUUAAAGUAUACAACUAAUACAAAACUGCAAAAUCCAAAUAAAAUGACAGACGUUUCGCAUGAGUUGGGCUCCCUCCGAUUUGUUGUGGAUUCACCACUCUCAUCGAAGGUGGCCAUGUUUAACAAUCAGGCGACACAGCACAAGCAGUCGCAGUUAUUGAAUCCAUUUUCGCAAGACGGACGUGCCUCAUCGCCAAAACCAACAUUUUCCAAGGAUCAGUAUGGCAAGCCACUAGCUGGCAGUUUGACUGAGAUGCGCGGUCAAAAGGCUAAUAUUCAUGUAAUGAAGGAAAUGGUUGAACUUUGUCAGAUCAUUAGUUCUGAGGGGUAUGAAGUAAAGGAUGAACCCACUAUGCGAGUAAUACCAUUUGGGGAGCUGUUCAAUAUCUACAACUAUAUUUCCGAUAAAGUGGUUGGCAUACUGCUCCGUGCACGCAAACAUAAGCUAGUUGAAUUUGAGGGAGAGAUGCUGUUUCAACGUCGUGACGAUGAUGUGCCCAUAUUUUUGCUCAAGCCUGUUGCCGAGAUCCGGCGCGAGCUAGAAGCCAAAAUCGAGGAUAUAAAACGAGCAACAAGUCCAGCGCCACAAUCGACGUCAGUGUUGCUUGAUAAGAGUGCACACGAGAAAAAACUUCAAGUGCAAAAGGAGCAGAAGCGCCAAUCCAAGUCGCGUACACCAUCGCCUGCAGUUAAAUCGAAAUCAACGUCACCAACGCCAACGCCAGCUGAGGCAAAGCCACCAUUACCACCGGCAGCAACACCAGUACCAACGCCAGUAGCAACGACUGUAGUAAUUGAAGCAAAGGACGCUUCAGCUCCGGUCAAACCAAGCGCAGAAAUCACAGUAACUGCUACGCCUGCUAUUAUUGUGGAGCAACCGCCUCUAAUUACAUCUCCAGCUGAUGAGACGUCAAAAGUAGCUGAGACAGACGACCCAGCAAUGAAAACAGCACAGGUAUCUAGUGAGCAAUCACCGCUAACAAAUGCUCCCCAAAAGGAUGUCCCUGUUACUGCUAUUGAAAGACAGGAACAACGUGAGUCCAUGAUCACCGAAAAACCCAAUACUAUUGCUGCCCUCGCCACCAUGCCGGUAACAAUACCAACAGAAAACGCCGCUGCCAACAAUGAUUUGCCCACUAUUGUAAUCGAAGCCUCUGCUGUGUUUGUCCGUACAGUCAGCGUAGACAACACCUCUACAAAAGGCUCAGAAGCAGCGCCUACGGAAACUGUCGGCUCUGUUAAUGCGGAUCCAGAUGGCAACAUCAACUAAAUUGUUUGAUACAACUCUCAACUAAAGAAGCGGCAGCUUUAAAUUGCAAUACUUUAGUUUAAAGCCCAUUUAGUUUAGUUUAUAAUUAGUGCUAACAUAUGUGUAUAGUAUAAUGUACAUACAUACAUAUGUAGAUAUGUAAGUAUGUACAUAUGUAUGUAUGUACAUACAACAUAUUUAUUUGCACAUUACUGAAGACAAGGAAGAAAGUACAUUCAUGUGUAGGUAUAUAUGUAUGUACAUACAUAUAUGUAUGUAUGUACGUCUGUAUACACAAUAUGUAUGAACAUACAUAUGUAUGUAAUAAAAUGAUCAGCUUAAUGUGUUUGACGCCCAAAGAAAUAAACAUAUUAUGCUAAAAAAAACCCAAACGUAAAAUAAAUGCUACCAUAGAUAGACACAGUAUUAUAUAAAACUCAUUUAUGCAUGAAUAUUAUAUAAUAUGCAGCAGUAUAAUAAAACAUACACAUGUACAAUAUGUACAUGCAUACACAUGCCCCAAUAA